CUUCGGGAUUAUGUCAUCCGGCGGCAGAUCGAGCCCUUGGCUGCUUGUAUAGUCUUCCCGCGAGCAAAGGCUGCUGCUGCUGAAGGAGCGAGGUCGCACGUCUGAAGUGCCGAAGCCGCAGAGAUCGGGAAGAAGGAAGCUCGGCGCUCGGAACCUGGAAAAGCUCUUUCUCCUGCAGGCGCGCCACCCACCCACCCACCUACCCGGACUCCGAACCCGACCGCUUCCCGGCGCCUCUCGCCACUGCCUUCCGCGGCUGUGGCUCGGCGGAUCUCGUUGUCUUUAGGGGUCUCCCGCACCGGAGCUGGGCGGAUGCCGCCGCAGCAAGAAGGAGAAACCGGCUACAUCAGCAAGCCGCUGCCGGGCGGCUGCGAAGUGCCUCCGGUGCCUCCGCGUCGGGUCCGCAGCAGCCGAGCGGCGGCGUUGGGGGCUGCCUUGGGGAGCCGCUGCCGGGCUGGAGCUGGCGGAGGGGCCGGCGCGAUCGGAGCGGAGCCCCGGCGCAGCAUCAAGUGUGUGCUGGUGGGAGACGGCGCGGUGGGUAAAACCAGCCUGGUGGUGAGUUACACCACCAACGGCUACCCUACGGAAUACAUCCCGACCGCCUUCGACAAUUUCUCAGCUGUAGUGUCUGUAGAUGGCCGACCAGUGAGACUCCAACUCUGUGACACAGCCGGGCAGGAUGAAUUUGACAAGCUCCGCCCACUGUGCUACACCAACACAGACAUCUUUUUGCUCUGCUUCAGUGUAGUGAGCCCUUCAUCUUUCCAGAAUGUGACCGAGAAAUGGGUCCCUGAAAUCCGAUGUCACUGCCCCAAGGCCCCUAUUAUUCUUGUCGGGACCCAAUCGGACCUCCGAGAAGACGUCAAAGUACUCAUUGAGCUUGACAAAUGCAAAGAGAAGCCUGUGGCGGAGGAGGCCGCAAGGCUCUGUGCCGAGGAAAUAAAAGCCGCCUCUUACAUCGAAUGCUCCGCUUUGACUCAGAAAAACCUCAAAGAAGUCUUUGAUGCAGCCAUUGUGGCUGGCAUUCACUACUCGGAUACUCAGCAACAGCCAAAGAAAUCCAAAAACAGGACUCCAGACAAGAUGAAAAACCUCUCCAAGUCCUGGUGGAAAAAAUAUUGUUGUUUUGUAUAGGAUGUUUUUUUCCUUUUUUACAAAGGCCUUGGAAAUGGUGGUUUAAUCACCGAGGUUGGUUUGAGGUGACUUUGGCUGAGAAUCUCUUUCUAUUCCAAAGUGCACAGUUAAGAUCCACCCCUGAACAUGCUGCUAAAAUUAUCUCUUUCCGACGGAGAUGGGGAAGAGCGUGAGUUGAGAAGCUGAGGUUGACCAAACUGAGAGUUUUCCCACUAGCGGUAGUUUCUUUGAUGGGGACUGCUGGCCUACACUUUGGUGGAACUGAAAGUUGAACCAUGAAUUCACUGUAUGCAGGUGUAGGAAGGGCUAGAACCAAGGGUUCUCUUAAGAAGUCUACACAACGACUGUGAGGGCUACUACAUAGUCAAAUUAUUUUUCCCCCCAAGUGGAUAUCUAAAACUGUGCCUCUUAGGACAUUUGGUUCAAAACGGAGCAUUUCCCUGCCUGUGUUUUUAGUCUUGUAGGCUUCAGGAAUACUACAGUCCAUUUCUGAAAUGUACAUUGUGUUGCUAAAUUAGCAGAAACGGCACGUGAAUCUGAUAUAUUUUUCUUAAAAUGAUAUGCCUACUUCAUGCACAGUGUAGGGACCUCAUAACAAAUAGAGCAGCUGUGCAAAAUUGUAUCUUCCUUGUAUACCCUGAUUGAUGGAUCCCUUUUACACCAUGAAAUGUGCAUGCUUGUUGACUUGGAAAAAAGGGGAAAUCAUAUUUUGAAUAGCAAUGGGCUUCUUUUCUAUUUAUAGAGGAUAUAUGACAGCUCAAUCAAAAAUGUAUCAAUAUCUGCAGAAAUAUGGUGCAAAUCAGCACUAUCCUGAUUUACCGUUGGUCAGUUGUAAUCUAUAACAUGAAAGGUUCUAAGUUGGGGAAAUCUUGUCUAAAUUCACAUGGAAACUUUUUUCCAUAAAAUAAUCUCAACUUUUUAGUCUUUUUUUGCUGAGUCUUGGGUAUCGCAAUACUGUGUCAUUGAAACAAUAUUCGCUCAUGUAAGAUAAACUGGAAUGAAGAAAAAAAACUUAUUAUCUGUUCAAAAUUCCAGAAAGUUUAUUUUUUUUAAGUCUGGAAAUUUACCCUGAGUAAAUAUGCAUAGUUGUUGGGAAAUGACUUUCAUUCAAAAGAUGCCAAAUCUUUUACCGGCAAUGUUCGUGUAGCAAUAAAUGAUGGCAAAUGCUGAUUUACCAAUGCUCAUAACUAUUUGGAGGACGUGCUUUUGUACAAGUUUUAUUUGGUCUUCCAUAUUUGAAUAAACCGAACAUUGGCUAAAUGCCACUUAUUUUGGUGGCUUGAGUGAGUUUUUAGGACCAUGCAAAGAAAAACAAAAGCAAGACAGCCUUUCUUUGCAAUGAAUUAAACUAUGUCUGAACUGUUGUAGAUUUAUUAUGUAAUUGCACAUCUGUUUUGGGGAUUCCUGUUCUAAUUAAGUAAUGCAAUACAGAGAUUAAUUUAACUAUAAUUGGGCUACUUUAGUAGCUUGUUUUUUCUGUCUAAUUUUCCUCCCUUGCUUUCGAUGUAGCCCUAUGCAUUUAUAAUAUGAUCAACCUAUGUUUGAACUUAAGAAAUAAUUCUUUAUCAUUCCUG